AUGUCGACUGCAUUGACGGCGGCUAAUGCCGGCCAGAUAUUCGGUGUCGACUUGGAGACAUUGGUACUGGCACAAGCGGGCCGCAAACCAAAUGCAUCUCCUCCCGCAGAUUCAAAACUCCUGGGUCUGACUCAUUGCACUGCCCAAGAGAUACCGUUCGUCGUGCUCGAGACAGUCUCGUGGCUCGAGGAACACAACGCCUUCAACGAGGAGGGCAUCUUUCGCAUUCCAGGCAAUGGACAAUUGGUGCAGGAUAUCAAGCGCGCCUACAACGAGGGUCGCGCUGACCUCUCCAAAUUCGGCAUGGCCGAGAUACACACUAUCGCCGGUGUGCUCAAGCUCUACCUUCGCGAGUUGCCUGAGCCCCUAUUCAUCUGGCGCUACUACUCUACCUUUCUUAAAGUCAUAAAGAAUCAAGAUGCACUUCAGAGGAUGUUACAUUUGAGGAUGCUGAUAUAUGGUUUGCCAAAGCCUAACCGCGACUUGGUGAUAUAUCUGAUGAACUUCCUUCACCAGAUUGCUUUGUGUGCAAAGGUCAACAAGAUGACCUCGACCAACCUCGCCGUAGUAUUUGCACCAAACGUCAUCAGACAUCAAAAGGAAAGCCUCAAUCAGAUCAUGGAGGACUCGUCACAUGUCAGCAGUGUCCUAAAGAACAUGAUCGAAGAGAUCUUUUACAUAUCUAAAGCUACACAUCACUUGUCAACAUCUUUCAAUGAUGUACCAACUGCGAUCAUACCAAAGUCGCCAGGAGACAGGUCCCCGUUGUCGGGCUCAACUUCAUCGGAUGCGAUUACCAACCAGGAGUUCUUGUAUGCACGCGCUUUGUAUCCUUAUCAGUCGACGGGAGAGUGGUAUCUGCCAUUUGCCAAGGACGAUAUUGUUACACUGCUCGACAUAAAGUCCGAGGAGGGCUGGAUGAAGGGCGAGUUUAAGGGCCGCGUCGGAUACUUCCCCGCGUCCUACGUCGAGAUCGUGGCCGUGCCACAACCAAAUACACCAGUCACGCUGGUGCCCCUGCCCGAUCUGGACCAGCAGCAGGACUUGACGAUCAUCACGACCACAACGACUACACAGCAGACGACAACGACAACGACGACCACGACAACCAUGACGAUGAUCUCGUCGGCCGUGCCACCAGCCUCGGCGUCACACUCUAGCAGCUCGUGCAUCUCAUCCAAGCCAGAGACGGCAUCGGCUCCCGUCGCGAUCACAGCCUCCAAGUCGGGCUCGUUCAGCAAGCCCACGCUGCCGCCACGCACCCAUGGCGACUCGCCAGCGCUCUCCUCCACACCACCCAACAACACACUGCAAACACUCAAGAGCUCGGGCGAGCGCAAUGCCUCAUCGGCGUCGCUCACCAACUCACCCGACCUGUCCAAGGCCAUGUCCACGACACCAAGGAUUCCAAUGAGCUCCAGCAUGACAAUGCCGCCACCCAUGCUCACAACACCACCCGUCCUGAAUGUGCCACCAGGAGCCGGCUCGUUCCAAAGCGGCCUCAACAAGAGCAUGACGAUCACCCCAUCGUCCUCGGCAUCGUCAUCGUCGCGUUCUGGCUCGUUCAACCUCUCGAGCAGCGGAUACGUGGGCGGCGCAUCCAGCGCGGGCAAUGCCUCGCCAGACCUUUCCAAACUGUCGCUGCAUUCCAAGCCCCUGCUGCCAUCGCGCAUGCCCUCACUGUCGCCCCUGUCGCAAGCGCCCCUUUCUUCAUCGUCGGGCUCCAACUCAAAGUCGGGCUCGUUCAUCGACCUGCCCCCUCCACCACCCCUUUCACUGCCAGGCGACAACGUCCCUCUGCCUCCACCAAUACAGAAUGCGACACCAAUCAAGGCGGCGCCACCCAUCGACAUCAACCACUUCCCUCCACCCCCGUUCUCGCCGUGCUCACCCGACAACCCGGUUGUCGACGCCGCUGUCACGGCCAACUUCAAGAAAAUGACCGAGAUACCUCCCCCACCUGUAUUUAUUGAAAGCCUGAGCCUGCCGCUGCCGCCCCCACCACUGGUGGAUGCAGCUGCCGCCAUCACAGGCCGCGACUCGCCAUCUCUCGAGGUGGUGUUGAACAGCAACAUCCCACUGCCACCCCCACCCCUCAACCUGGAGAACUACCGCAGUCCCGUGAUGGACGCAGGUAAGCUGGCCGAGAUGGCCAAGAAGCGCCGCGAGCGUGCCGAGGAGAUGCUGACGACGGAGCGAACAUACGUCAAGCAGCUGACGACUAUCUACGACCUCUUCAUCGAGCCGUCCAAGAAAACCAAGUCCUUCUCGCUGUCCGAGGAGAUGCUCAACACGUUCAGCUGUAUCGAGGUGAUCCUGUACGCGCACAAGACCAACAUCCUCAAGGCGCUGGAGGAGCGCAUGCCCGUGUGGGACCAGCGUCCAAUGAUGGGCGACAUCUUCUGCAACAACACAUCGUUCAUCAAGCUUUACAAGCAUUAUGUCAACAACUACGACAAGUCGAUCGUGUCGCUCAAGCAGUGCAAGGAGAAGAGCAGCGAGUUCCGCAACUUUGUCAAGACGCUGGACUACAGCGAGCAGCUGUCUGGCCUCAACGUGGAGUCAUUCCUGAUCCUGCCCGUGCAGAGAAUCCCACGUUACGUCCUGCUGCUGCAGGACCUGCUCAAGUACACUGGCAACGACCACGAGGACUUUGACCAGCUGUGCGACGCGCUCGGCACCAUCAAGGACUUUGCCGAGACCAUAAACUACAAGAAGAGCGAGGAGGACAACUUCACGCGCAUUCAGCAGAUCCAGGACUCGAUCAAGAACCUGCCGCCACACGCGCUCGAGCGCCGCAAGCGACUGGUGUGCGAGGGUCCGCUCAACACCAAGAAGGACAAGUUCCAUCUGUUCGUCUUCACCGACGCCAUCAUUCUGACCAAGCCCAGCAAGGACAAGAAGAAGUUCAAGCAGCUGAUCAAUCUGCAGAUUGCCUCGCUCAACACCACCGACGAGCAGGGCGUCAUCAAGAUCAUCAGUCAGGAGGGCACAUUCAAGUUCAUCUGCGAGAAUAUCAAGGAGCGCGAGGCCUGGAUCAAGGUGUUCAAGGACACGAUCGAGGUGGCCCGUCAGGAGAUGAUCCAAUCGGCGUUUGGCGAGACGUCCAUGACAAGCGAGGGCAGCAAGGGAUUCAACCGUAUCCAGGACGAGAAGAACGCGCAGAAGAAGAAGCAUUUGGCCGAGGAGAUGCUGUCGUCUGAGGGCGAGUAUGUCGACCAGCUCAACUACAUCCAGAACAUAUUCUUGGGACCAAUCCGCAAGUCACUGGACACAUCCUACCCCCUGGUCAGCUACUCGGAGGGUCUGGACAUCUGCUCCAACUUUGAGACGCUGCUGACGUGCCACAAGACGUUCCAGGGCGUGCUCAAGGAGCGCGUCGACAGCUGGGACAGCAAGCCCACGCUGUCCGACCUGUUCCUGGAGAAGGGCGGCUUCCUGAAACUGUAUAAUUACUAUGUACAACAUCACUACUCGUCGCUGCAGACGCUGGAGCAGUGCAUCGAGAAGAACCCGUUGUUUGCCAUCCAUCUGCGCAACAUCGAGUCCAACGAGAAGGCCGAGCUCAAGCAUCUGCUGGCGGAGCCCCUGCGCAGAAUAUCCAGAUACUAUCUCAUCCUGCAGGAGGUGCUGCAGCACACGCGUCCCAAGCAGGACGACCACGAGAACCUGUCCAAGGUGGUGGCCAACCUCAAGGAGCAGAACGACAAGUUCAACAUCGCUUCGAUGCUCACCGCCGGCAAUGUCGAGGUGGGCUCGAGGAGUCCCCACAAGUCCAAGUCACUGCGAGUCAAACAGCCCAAGGGACUAUCCAAGGAUACCAAGAUCAACAGCAGCGGAUACUUUGCUGUCUAA